AUGAUGCAACAAGGUCAAGACACGAUGCAUUAUUGUGGCAUGGGUUGUUGGAACAUUCGUCGAUGUCAACCUCACAAUUUGGACCUUGGAGUCACAAGGCAUAAUACAGACGGCCUUAAGAAAAGGUCCACAGACAAGAUGGCAUUCUUUGCAUAUGUUCUUGACAGCCUAGCAAGCAACCCUACAGCAAGCUUGGUGAUAUUGCUGAUCUUGUUGAUGACAUGGUGGUACAUGAAACCAUCACCAUACAAAUUUCCACCUGGCAGACCUUGUUUACCGAUCUUUGGAAACUUCUCACUGUUUGACCUUAAUGCAGAUUUACCAGAAAUGUUUUUGCAAAUCUCCAGGGAAUAUAACAGUUCUGCGGUUGUAUCUUGGGUAUUCUCAUUCUGCACUGUUAUUGUUAAUAAGUACGAAGAUGCAAGGGAACUUUUCAUGUCAGAUAUAUUCAUGAACAAAAUUGAAAGUUCAGCCAGUAAACAUGUCUUCAGAGGCAUCGUGGGCGCCCAAGGUGAUCGCCAUAAAGAACAAAGGAGAUUCACUCUAUCCACCCUUCGUGACUUUGGAUUAGGAAAGAACAAAGUAGUUGAGAAAAUACACGAAGAACUUGAAAAACUUGUUGAGGAACUUGAAAACACAAAUGAUUUGUCGAUUGAGAUGAAUUGUAGCUCGAUUUUUAAUACUGCAGUAGCAAAUAUAAUUUGCUCCAUGGUAUUUGGUCACAGGUUUGAAUACAAUGAUCCUACCUUCAAAAGGAUGUCAAGUCUUAAUAAUGAGAACAUAACAACUAAUAUAAGGAGAGUGUAUCUCAAAAUGGCUGUUCCAUUUGCUGAUUACAUACCUGGAGACCUGUUCCGUGAAAAGCGUCUUCAAAAAUGUGUAGACGAAGUAAAGCAGAAUGUUCUUAUACCAGAGUUUAGAAGACAUUUUGAAAACUAUAACCCUGAUCAUAUUGGGGAUUAUAUGGAUGCGUUUAUCAAGGAAAUGAAAGACCGGGAGGGUUCAGAUAAGGAGCACUGGUUUACAGAAGAACAACUGAUGUGGAACAUAGAGGACUUGUUUAUUGCAGGAACAGAAACAACAACAACAUUUCUUGGAUGGAGUUUCUUGAUGAUGCUUCACUACCCUGAUGUCCAGAAGAGAGUGCAACAAGAGAUUCAUGACAUAGUUGGUACUGAUCGCCUUCCAUCAAUGACCGAUAAAGUGAAUCUACCAUAUACAGAGGCAACGCUUUUGGAAAUCCAGAGAAGAUGCCCUGUUGUUCCUUUACUUGGCCAUUGUUCAAUAACACCAGACAAACCCUCAACGUUUCAGGAAUACAUUCUUCCACCAAAUACAAACUGGGUUGUUAACUUCCAUGCUGUUCACCAUGACCCUGACUACUGGCAAGACCCCUACACAUUCAAUCCAGAAAGAUUCAUAGGAGAGGAUGGCAAGUUCAAGAAGGAUGACCAUGUCAUGACAUUCUCUGUUGGUAAAAGGUCAUGCCUGGGUGAGUCUUUGGCCAAGGCAGAAAUGUUCCUGUUCUUCUCAACUGUUCUCCAGAGGUUUUCCCUCCAAACGGAACACAACCAACCUCCACCCAAGAUAGUAAAGAUGCCUGGCUUGACAAGCAGUCCAAAGCCAUAUAAAUUCUGCUUUGUGAAAUUAUAGACAUC